AUGAAUGAUGUGGUGAGUGAGAAAAAGAAGUUGGAGGAACGUUUAAAGUCUGUUGAAUCGGAGAAUUCAUCUCUAUUGAAAAAGAUUGAAGCUGAUCAAGCCGACAUAGAUAUCCUGAAAGUUCGAAUAGUUGAAUUGGAAGAAGAAAAGUCUCGAAGGGAUGAGCAGAAUGAGUACUUUAAGUUGAAAAAUAAAGAGUUAGAAGCCAAGAAUGCUAAGAAAGAACAUGAAGAGUUUGAAGAGAUAGAACCUGAGGAAGUUAGAGCAAAACGUGAAGCUGAAAUAGAAGCUGGAAUGAAAGAUAAGGGUAAAAGUGUUCUAGUUGAAGAUAAUAUUCAAGUGACUGAAAGGGCAAUUAUUCUGACUGAGCCGACAAAAGUUCUAGAUCCUUGUCCAAUAACUUCAGUUUCUGGUGAGAUUAACGACAAUGAUGAAGAUGAUGAAGAAGAUGAAGAUGAUAAUCUGAAAGAUGAUGCAGAUGAAGUAUAUUCUGUACAUAGUGAUGAUGAUGAUGGAAAUGAUGAUGCUGAUCAAGGUAAUUCUGGUAUAAAAGUAACUGAAGCGUCACAAGAAGAGAAUAUUGAUGAAUAUCUUCAAGACGAUGCAAACGAAGAACCAGAAAAUGCAGGAGGAAAGGGGGAGCAUGAUGAUGCUGAAAAGGUUGAUGAAAGUGUUGAUCAGGAUACAGGAUUGAUUCUACGUCUUGAACAUGAUGUAGAGGAAGGUGAGAUAUUGCAUACUUACAUAAGAGCUGAGAUCAUAAAGAUGAUGCAUGUUGAAGAAGAUAAUUUUAACUUUGAUUUUGAAAAGGAAUUGAAUGAAUUUGACAUCAAUCAGCAAUCUGAAUAUCAGUACAAGUACGUUGAAGAAGCUUAUAAUUAUGAUAAAGUGGAAGUAGAAGACUGGGGUGAUGAUGAUCAGUCUGCGAAUGUUAAUGUUGAUACUUCUAGCUUUCCAACUCUUGCUGAGUUUUUCAGUAAAGCAAAUGAAGAUGAAUUGAGAAAAAAAAUUGCUGAAAGUGUCAAGAGUAAGAGUUUUAAAGAAAUUUCGAAAGAAGAACAACGUGAAGAAAGAAAGAAGUGGUUCAGGAAGGAUACGGAUAGGAAAUACAAAAGACCACUGCAGUAUUACAGAAGAGAUAGAGAUGUUUCUCUGGGUGAUAUCAUAAGUUGGGGUUAUCUGCCACAAUUCAACGCUUAUGCUAUCAAAAGAGAAUUUGGCGUUUAG